AUGACAGAGGAGGAUUUUCUUGUGAAGCUUCGUGAGGCGAUAAGAGAGCCCCACGCAGCCAUCCAUCGAAUGAAUCUCUCGAGAAUCAACCUCUGUAUACCCCCUCAGAUCCUUCGACCCACCCUCUAUGCAUUGGGACUAUCGCGCUAUGCCGAAAUAUUUUAUGGACUGGAGGAGGAGUGGGUCGCCCUCAUUGGUGACCCGACCGAUUGGAUCGGGGAGGGAUCGCUCGAUCACAUCCCCGAUUCGUCGCCUGACAGCAGUGAGCGCAUGAAAUCCCUGUUACGCAUUCUUUAUGUGCCGGAGCUCCUACGGACACGGUCUCUUCAAGCCGACCUUUCAUUUUUACAGUCCGUGGAUCCGAGCAGUAGGGAGCUGGUUCUCGAACCAAAUCCCGGGCUGGAAAUCAGACGAUAUAUUCAUGAAUGCGUGGAACCGAACCCGCAUCGCCUCGUGGCAUGGAUCUGGAUUAUGUAUUCAGCUGUCUUGUAUGGGGGCCGCGAACUCCGAUCACAACUUCUGAAGGCUGGUCCGGAAUUUUGGGACUUGUCGGCGACAGAACUCAAGGCUCGUCGAACGCCCUGUCCUUUGUCCUUUUGGCACAUGGAUGAUGAUGGUGUCGUCAAAGCCAAGUUUCGGACACUGAUGGUUGAUGCCGGCCGAUUAUUGACUCCCCAAGAAAAACAGGAGAUUCUCGAUGAGUCGCUUCAAAUUUUCCAGAAGCUCGAGUUAUUGACCUUGAGCUUAGACGAAGAAGUGAAACAGACCCAUCUUUGA